UCACGUGGCAUUGUUACAAAGCUGUAAACAUAACAGGUUUAAAAAGUUAAAAAUUAAUUUUAUUUAUAAUUUUAUAUGUAAUACAUUGUUCAGUAUAUUUUAUACAAACUUUUAUAUUUGCGCAGCGAAAAUAUAUAUUUUGCCGCAUGGGUUGUAAAAUUACUAGUAAUGUGUUUGUUGCCCCUAAAAUACAUUUUGAAAUAUAUGUUAAUAUAUGAAGGCUAAAAAAAUUAUUUUAAAAUUCAAAAAUAUAUUUAAUUAAGCUUUAUUUUCUAAAAAUGUAUUAAGGAUAUAUUUAAAACAUAUUUUAGCCAAAUAUUAUUAUAUAUUUUUUUGCCGUUUUGAAUGUCCUAAAAAUGAAUCUUGGGUGACCAAUAUGCAGUAAACCAGGUGAAUUUAGAUCAUGUAUGUAUGUCAUUGACACCUCUGUAGGUUGGGCAUACCAACAUUGCCACCAGUGGCGUCACUCAUCGCUGUUACGUUGAUGUCAUGCGCAAUCCAGUCAUUUAUAGAUCAGAGAUCAAAACCCUUUCGAAAACACAUAAGCAAAUAUUAUAAGUGGGUAUUAUUUCACAUUACCAUUUUUACCAUCAUAGCAUUUAAUAAAAGAAAAACACAGAUGAUCAAUGCUUUACAUGCUUUAUUUACUUCGUUUUUUGUAACUAUUAUCAGUAUAUUAUCAGUAUAUUUAACCACUUCCACACACAACCACUUUCUCAAUCAGAAUUUGAUGACAUUGCACUUCAAUCUGGCCCCUCAAGCCAGCACCUAAAAGGAAAGAGCCUUAAUUGGCAAUAAAAAGGGUGGAGCGUCUGCAAACAGGUUUUUGUUUAAACCACAACCACAUCCCCAUAAUGUCAGUUUCGUCAUAAGCACCCUGUCCCUGACUGUGCAUGUAGAUCACUAGAUAGUGGCAUAGUGUAAAUGUCAAGACGUGUGCAAUGUACUGGUAUAUGACUAAGAGCUGCAGUAAUAAUUAUUUUCAUCUUGAUUUUACAUUUUGGUGAACAAUUGCUAAAUGGAAAUAUUAUCACGUUUGUAUGUAUGCUCUGUAAAAUGUGUCUGAGCAAAGCUGACCACAGAUUCUUCCACUGUUAUUCCAUGAUGUCUCUAUGGCAAACCAUAAUCUUAUUUGUUGUUUGUGGACUUAUAGAGUGCAAUGACAGCGUGUGCGAUGUGACCUGCACCACAGACUUCAUUUCCACACUAAACUGCUCUAAAUCUGACUUGGCAGGAACAGCAUCAUGUUUCAUUGUGGCCAACUGCAGUGAUGAAUAUGUUACUGUGGAAGGGAACUGUAGCAUAACAUCAUCACAAUCCUGGUGCACAAUAGAGCCAGAGGGACUGAUGAUGGACUAUGAUACCAAAUGCUCUAUAACAACAACACAGAUGACCAAACAAGGGGUUGCAGAGACCCCAAUAACUAAAAACAUGCUUUUAUACAAAUCUAUAAAGCUCAUACAACCUUUCAACCUAAGUGUUGAAAAAAUUGACGAGGGUUUCAAUCUCACCUGGGAUGUGGCUUACACAAGUCACGAACUGUAUGAGAAACUAUACUACAGAGUACGAUUACGAAUUAAAGAUGACCCCAGCGAGAAGGAGGAGAUUUUCACUCAAGACCAGAACCAACAGUCAAUGGUUUUACUCAGUGAAAGACUUCUGCCAGGCAGACAGUACGUGGCCGACGUCCAAGUCGCAGUCCAUCCCAUGACAAUAAAAUCCGAGUGGAGUGAAUGGAGCAACAGUGCCGAAUGGACAUGUGACCCCACCGGGUCCGAACAAUACUAUCUCCUGCUGUUAAUGGCAGUACCCAUUGCAGCAAUUGCCGUGGUGCUCCUGUACAGUGGAAAACUAGGGGGAAUCAAAAAGAUGUUAUUAUGGCAACACAUCCCAAGCCCCCACGACUACUUCACACCGCUUUACCAUACACACCAGGGCGACUUUAAGAAAUGGGUCGGGCCGGUCCUAACCUUCAGCAGCUUUGAUGUCCUUGAGAAGAACUCCAUCGUGCAGGUGCUCUGUGACAAGCAGCAGCCUGAAAAGUCAGAGGAACCUGUCAACAACCGGAACGCUCAACACCGAGACUCCAGUCCUAACAGUCCGGCGAAUCAAAACUCCUCCAAAUUUUACUUCGAUGGAAGCGGCAGUCAAGUCGUCACUCACUCCGGUGGCCACAUAUCGAUGGACACGGUUACGGUGUCUGGUCAGGAGGGCAUCGUGGCCGACUGGUCCAGUGAAAGUCACCGACGGAGCAUUGAGGACUUCCCCAGCCGCGAAGACGCCGAUCGGAGAGCGGACGAAAUCGCUGACGGGCAGCUGAGGGCUUUACUACCCAAUGGGAGGGGGAGUUUACAGGACUGUGAUGAUUGGCAUGUACAGGAUCACAUUGAACGGGUUUCCCUGGUCUCCUAUAGUUCUAAUGAGAACUCCGACGAUGGUUACCCUCAAAUGGGACUGGAUUUAGACACCAUAGACAGUGGUUUUCUGGAGUCAGACUGUUCAAGCCCUUCAGCGUUUGAUGAGAAAGAGCAGAUGGAGACUGCGUCACUAGACGGAGUGGGAGUUUUCCACUCAAAUUAUGUCAAACAGUGGGUGUCUUUUACGGCGGUCCAGGUCGAUACCCACAGCUCUGGAUAAAUAGCUGCUGAGGGGAACAUCUGCUACAUCGAAACAGCCUAAACUGACAUUUAAAACAGUAUGAAGGCUUACACACAAAGAGCUAAAGACAUUGAAAGCUGGCUCUUGUGCUGUGUUUGUGGACCAAAUCUAUACAAUUUGCAGGCUUGUAUGAAAUAUCAUUUUAUGAUCAUUUCCAGUUUAGUCCAUCUACUAUCCAUUUUAUAAGUAUUCAGGACUAAAUUGUCACAAAUCAUAGUGCCUUCAAAAAGUAUGCCAAGCGCGCCGGUGUAUCUUUCAGUGAAUUUGCAUGUUUCCAUCAUAGACUGUAAAAAAUAUGGACGUAGUGUCCUUGACGUCACCCAUAGGUUUGUGAAGAGCUUUUUUGAAGCCAAUAGUUGGCGGAGCCUGUUGUCGCCAUUUUGGCCAUGCGUCACCGCGCAUCACUCGCGGAUAACCUGAAACUGGGUAAAGAGGCAGGACGUGGUGAAGCUGAUGUGGCUGGUUACUGAAACCACGUCCGCCUAGCUUGACAGUAGUGACAGCAGUGGCAGUUCACCCUUUACCAUACCUUUACAAAAAGUAACCAUUGUUUUACUACACUGUAAAAAAUGCUUUGCUGCCAACAUUUUGUUGAAUCAACUCGGAUUUACAAGUCAUUUCAACUUACUUUUAUUUAUCUUGACUAGAGAUAAGUUGUUAUAACUACAGGUGAGUUGUUAUAACUUAUAAAAUUAAGUUGACGUUUCUCAACUAUAUUUUAUAAGUUAUGCCAACUCAUCUCUGAUGACAUGACUUGUAAAUCUGAGUUGAUUUAACAAAAAAAUUUUAAGGCAGCAAAGUAUUUUUUACAGCGUACAAAUAAAAUAAAAUCAACUGUGGUUCACUGUAAAAAAUACUUUGCUGCCUUAAAAUGUUUUGUUGAAUCAACUUGGAUUUACAAGUCAUUUCAACUUACUAUUAUUUAUCUUGACUAGAGAUAAGUUGUUAUAACUACAUGUGAGUUGUUAUAACUUAUAAAAUUAAGUUGACUCUCAACUAUAUUUUAUAAGUUGUGACAACUCAUUUCUGUUGACAUAACUUGUAAAUCUGAGUUGAUUUAACAAAAAAAUUAAGGCAGCAAAGUAUUUUUUACAGUGUAGGUAAACAAUAGUUAGCACAAAUUACACAAUUAGUUUUGCUACACUGUAAAAAAAAUCAGCAUUUUUGUCAAAUCAACAUAUUUUACUUUAACUUAACAAAUUAAGUUAAACAAUUUCAACUUGUUUUUUAAAUGUUAUGUCAACUUAUCAAAGGUCACAAUUUAAAAUAGUAGGUUGAAUUGACUUGCAAAACCAAGUUGUUUUAUUUUCAUGCUCCAUGUUUUUUUUUACAGUGUACAGUAGUACUUUUUUUUAGUAAAAUGUGGUAAUAAAUACACCAAGAAACAUGGUUACUACAGUUUUACUAUAAUGAAACCACGAUUCAUUUUCAUAAGGGUAAAUGUAUACUCUUAAGUUAUACACUAGCGCUUGCAAUCACUGUAUGUGACAAGGGGUUCUGUUGUUGUAUUAAGACAUUGUUCCAAUAUUCGUCUUCUAUCUUGCUAUAUUUUGAGAAAAGUCUGUUAGUAUAGCGCAUACUUUUAUUGCACAAUGGGAAAUAAUGCCGCCGAUGCAUUUUCAGUUAUCUGAUUAGACUGGGUCGCAAUGCACUUGUGAUGUUUUGUCAGAGGAAUCCAUUUAUCACAAAUACAUUUGCUUUUGCAAUCAUUUAGCCGUCGCAUGCAACGUUUCAAUUGUUAUCUAUUUUUGCUGGCUUGAGCUCACAGCAGAGCAAGAUAAGGCAUUUGUCACAGCCACACAUAAAAUGCCACCCACAUGAUAAUACUACGGGUAUUUCUACCUAUCAGAUCUUCUGUAAAAAAAAAACUUCUGUACAAAUUAUUCACUGAAGUCAGCAAUCCUAAAGACUGUUGCAGAAACUUCAACAUUUUCUGUUAUGUUUCUGUGAUAGCAAUCUCUUUGUUCGAACAAACAUGUGAAAAGAUGUCAUGCACUUUAUUAUCAUCAUGGUUUUAUUAUUUAAUGCUCACACGAGGCACAUUUAUAUAUGAUGUCAAUCGAUGCAUGGAGGAGUAAAAUCUUCAAUGUUUAGAGGUGAUGAACUUGAAUAGCAAAUUUUAAAGUAAACUUUAUGGUCACUUGAUAAACACAUGAACAUGAUAAAUCCCUCGUAUUAUGUUCCAGGUCAAUAUGACUCAGAAGAACAGUUAACAUAUGAUUUUGUUCUUGAAACUUUGUAAUUUUUUCUCAUUUAUGGCUAUAAACAUGCAUGCAAAGUUAGGUUACACUGAUAUGUUUUGAAGUGUACACAAAUCAUUUUCUACCUAUUUUGAUGUUCGCGGGUCAAUUUGACCCACACUUUUUUUGUCUUCCAGGCAACUGUACAGACCCAAAUACAAUGUAUGUCUUCAGUGUAUGUUGCUAUAUUGGUGUUUUACUAUCCUUGAAAUGGAGUAAAAAUGCUUCUCCUCACUCUUUUCAGUACUCAAAAAGACUUUUACAGAUAUAGAUGGAUCAUUUCUAUUUACAAUUUAUAUGAAAAACUACUUGUUAUGUUUUUCUUCCAGACAUUUUGUGAGUUUUCUCAUUGAGGCCAUGCAAAGAUAUGAUACACUGAUGUGUUUUGAAGUUUACACAAAUAAUGUUUGUUUACGAUUUUGAUGUUCAUGGGUCAAUUUCACCCAUAUUUUUUUGUUCCAAGGCAACAAA